GCCACAUCAAGCUGGGCAGCGGGCAGAUCCAAAGGAUAUAAUGAAGUUUCCAGGGCCUUUGGAAAACCAGAGAUUGUCUUUCCUAUUGGAAAAGGCAAUCUCUAGGGAAGCCCAGAUGUGGAAGGUGAAUGUGCCGAAAAUGCCUACAAAUCAGAAUGUUUCUCCAUCCCAGAGAGAUGAAGUAAUUCAGUGGUUGGCCAAACUCAAGUACCAAUUCAACCUUUACCCUGAAACUUUUGCGCUGGCCAGCAGUCUUUUGGACAGGUUUUUAGCUACUGUAAAGGCUCACCCAAAAUACUUAAGUUGUAUUGCAAUCAGCUGUUUUUUCCUAGCUGCCAAGACAAUUGAGGAAGAUGAGAGAAUUCCAGGUCUGAAGAUAUUGGCAAGAGACAGUUUCUGUGGGUGUUCUUCAUCUGAGAUUCUGAGAAUGGAGAGAAUUAUUCUGGAUAAGUUGAACUGGGAUCUUCACACAGCCACACCAUUGGAUUUUCUUCACAUUUUCCAUGCCAUUGCAGUGUCAACUAGGCCUCAGUUACUUAAUUUGCCCAAACUGAGCCCAUCUCAGCAUCUGAUAGUCCUUACUAAGCAACUGCUACACUGUAUGGCUUGCAACCAGUUCCUGCAAUUCAAGGGUUCUAUGCUUGCAUUGGCUAUGGUUAGUUUGGAAAUGGAGAAACUCAUUCCUGAUUGGCUUCCUCUUACAAUUGAAUUGCUUCAGAAAGCACAGAUGGAUAGCUCCCAGUUGAUCCAUUGCCGGGAGCUGGUGGCACAUCAUCUUUCUACUCUGCAGUCUUCCCUGCCUCUAAAUUCCGUUUAUGUCUACCAUCCCCUCAAGCACACCCUGGUGACCUAUGACAAAGGAGUGUUCAGAUUACAGCCCUCCUCUGUCCCAGGCCCAGAUUUCUCCAAGGACAGCAAACCAGAAGUGCCAGUCAGAGGUACAGCAACAGCAGCAGCUUUCUACCAUCAUCUCCCAGUUGCCAGUGGUGGAUGCAAACAUGCCUCUGCUAAACGCAAAGUGGAGGAAAUGGAAGUGGAUGACUUCUAUGAUGGAAUCAAACGGCUCUACAAUGAAGAUAAUGCAUCAGAAAGCGUGGGUUCUGUUUGUGGCACUGAUUUGUCAAGGCAGGAGGGCCAUACUUCCCCUUGCCCACCUUUGCAGCCUGUUUCUGUGAUGUAGUUUCGAGUACAAACCAAGGUAGACUAUUCUGGGAAUGGGAAUGGGAAAAUCAGGCUGCCUACAUAUAAAAAUGUAUGCCAGGCUGAUUUAGAGCAAGCCAGAAUACUUCCGGUGUGGUAAAUUCUAAUUUAUAUUACUCAAGCACUUAAAGUGUGAAAUUCAGAAGAUCCUCAAAAUUUAAAAGCUAAGAAAUCUUGUAGUAUUUGUCAGUUCCCCAUUUCUCUGCUAAAAUGUAAUAUAGAUUGUCCCGUGUCAAAAUUUUACGUUAAAUAUUCUUUUUGAAAUUCCAAAAGACAUAGUUAGCAACCUCUGUCCUUGUUCUGACUUAAUUUCCCUCUUGCUUGCUUCUUUAUUAAAAUUUUAAUGAAUUUUAUGCAUGCUGACCUGUAGUUUGGCUCCCAUUGAUUAGGAAACCCUUACAAUUGUUUUAAGCAAUUUAGUGAACAAUUUUUUCAGUGUGACAGUUAUGUCUAAUUCAUGAUCUGAAUUCAAAUUUAUUGAAGAAAGGUACUUUGAAGUUGUCCCCAUAUGAAUCAGAGGUAGUAAUAGAAAAAGACUCAGAACCACAUUGAUUUUUUUUGUUUCAUUGUAGCUUUUAGAGUUUAGAAAAUUAUUGUUUUCCAUUUUCUUUAUUUUGAAAGUAAACCUUGAAAGUGGCAUGAAAUUAGGACAUGAUUGAUGAAAGCAUUUUUAACAUUUGAUAAAGUUAAUAUAUUCAGGUGCUCACCAAAGAAACAUGUAAUAACUAAAAUAAAUUUUUGUUUGUAAUUAGUUCUCAAAAUCAGGAGAGACUCUCUAGAUGUUGGGACAGCUCUGUGACAUAACUGAAUUCAGUACCCCUUAAGUUAAGCUAUUAGGAUUUUCUCCAUGAAAGUUAUGACCCAUGUCUCCUUGGCCUACCUGUAUUUCUAUCUGAAUCCUGACUUCUCUUUGCAGUCUGAAGAAAGCAUUGCAGUUUGAACCAUGUACUGAUGAUAAAAAAAAAAAAAAAGCCUCUGGUAGCAAUAAAAAGUUGUCCAUCA